CAUGAUUUCUUCUUGAUUAUAAAUGCACCUCAUUUCAAUACCGCUGAAUAUCCACCACAGUUCCGAGGGGGGCUUCCAAAGUUAUAAAAGCGCAGAAUCGCUGUGACUAUAGACCCCAUCACCACUUAUUCCCCCAUUCUCCCAACCAGUUACUAGUAAGCCAAUAUGUCUAUCUGGGCUCCACCUCCGCCUCCCGCUACCAAACUCGGUCGCCAUCGUCGAUUGGCACCUUUGGCUGGGCUCCAUGUUUCGCCCAUCUGCCUCGGUGCGAUGAGCAUCGGUGACAAAUGGAGCGGCUUGGGUUCCAUGGAUAAAGAGACCAGCUUUAAACUACUCGAUGCUUUCUAUGAGGCUGGUGGAAACUUCAUCGAUACCGCGAACAACUAUCAAGACGAAACUUCUGAACAGUUCCUUGGGGAGUGGAUGGAGGCCCGAGGCAUUCGAGAUCAGAUCGUUAUCGCGACAAAGUACACUACCAACUUCAAACGUGGCAACGCCGACAUCAAGCAAAAGACUAGCUAUGUCGGUAACAACCUCAAGUCGUUGCAUCUCUCAGUGGAAGCUUCGCUCAAGAAACUUCGCACCGACUACAUCGACAUUCUGUAUGUGCACUGGUGGGACUUCGCCACUCCCGUCGAGGAGGUCAUGAAUGGUCUGCACAACCUCGUCGCUCAAGGGAAGGUGCUAUAUCUGGGCGUGUCGGAUACGCCUGCUUAUAUCGUCUCCAAGGCGAAUACUUACGCUAAACUCAGCGGCAAGACUCCGUUCGUGGUCUAUCAAGGUCCCUGGAGUAUUUUGUACAGGGAUCUGGAGCGGGAGAUCUUGCCCAUGGUGAAAGAAGAAGGAAUGGCCAUUGCUCCUUGGAAUGUUCUGCACGGGGGCAAGAUCCGCACCGACGCUGAGGAGCAACGAAGACGUGAGACAGGCGAGAAAGGUCGAACGAUCAGUGACCCUAACUGGGAGCGUACCGAAAGUGAACGUCAGGUCUGUCUUGCUCUGGAAAAGGUUGCCAGUGAAAUCGGUGCGAAGUCGAUUAGUUCAGUCGCCAUCGCUUAUGUGAUGCAAAAGGCUCCUUAUGUCUUCCCUAUCGUCGGCGGUCGUAAAAUAGAACAUCUUCAUCAAAAUAUCGAAGCUUUGGAGAUAGCUCUUUCACCUGAGCAGAUCGCAUAUCUUGAGAGCGUCCAGCCAUUUGACCUUGGCUUCCCCACUGGACGAUUCGUGAGUGCUUAUGUACAAGAACUUCGACAUGAUGUGUUGACAAACGUGUUAUUCUUCCCAUAGGGCGACGGCUCUGACUACAACUUCCUAUACAAGAAUGCUGGUCACUUUGACAAGUGGCCGGCUGCUCAAGCUAUUCGUCCCUCGAAGAACUAGGGUUCUCGUUGCUCCGCAUCUUGAUAGUAGCCGUGGAAGUUCAUUGUAAAUCAAAUACUCAAGUUGAACAUGUGUUAUCAAUACCGUCUUUAUGCUCCUGAAAGUCAACAAAGUCGCCGAGUACGCCGUCAUUUACUGUAAAUUACAAAAAAUGUCUCGACUUUUUAAAUUUUGAGUCGACUCGAUCAUUCGUGAUGAGAACAAACAAGACAACGCGUCUCGCUGAGCGCUGACGUUCUAACUUCUGAGCUGUGCAGCCUGGCAAGCAUUCGCUAGAACUUGAAAACAUGUACUUCCUAAACUAAACUAACUCUCAAUGUGGACCUUCAAAGCGUCAUUCUCAUCUUGCAAAACGCCGAUAGGAGCUACAUCUACAUGUCCCUUGGUGCGUUCAAGUUCAAACAAGAUACUUACCUGUUUUUAGGCGCGUGCUAGUUUCCCGCUGAGCUGCUCUCGCUUUCGCGAUCGCAUACUUGAACUCAGACGGUACUUAUCCCGAGGACCACGAAAAGGUCCGCGCCAAUACCUCGGGGUACUCACCUUAGUUAGUCCCUGGCCCGGAUCGACGAUUCCUGUGGAGGGUCAGUAGGUACAUCCAGACCAAGUUCUAGACAUCCCAGCAAGAUACCAGCAAGACCCAAGACCAAGACCAAGACCGA